GAUACUUCAAGUAAAAUAUGGAGCCUCAAACAGAAAAUUUGAAGACAGCAUGGCAGUUGUCUUUGGGAAGCUAUUACAUUUCUGAGGAGUAUGGCUUUCUACUUCCAAAUCCUCUGAGGGAACUUCCAGAUCAUUACAGGCCUUGGAUGGAAAUUGCCAAAAAGCUUCCUCACUUGAUUGAAAGUCACCAGCUUCGAGCUCAUGUCAACAAGAUGCCCCUCCUGAGCUGCCAGUUCCUAAAGAGUUACCGGCAACAACGCUUGGCCCAUUUAGUCCUGAGCUCCAUUACCAUGGGAUAUGUCUGGCAGGAAGGAGAGACACAGCCUAAAGAGGUGCUGCCAAGAAAUCUUGCCAUUCCCUUUGUUGAAGUCUCCAGGAACUUGGGGCUCCCUCCUAUCCUGGUACACUCAGACUUGGUGCUGGCAAACUGGACGAAAAGGAACCCAGAAGGACCCCUGGAAAUCAGCAACCUGGACACCAUCAUCCUGUUUCCUGGGGGAGAGAGUCUGCGUGGCUUCAUACUGGUGACUGUUUUAGUGGAGAAAGCAGCUGUGCCUGGAAUUAAGGCACUUGCUCAAGCAAUGCAUGCUGUCCUGCAGCCCAGCCAGGAUGCCCUGCUUGAGGCCCUGCAGCAACUGAAGCUCUGCAUCCAGGACAUGACCAGAACCUUAGGACGAAUGCAUGAUUAUGUAGAUCCAGACAUAUUUUAUGCAGUCAUCCGGAUCUUUCUCUCUGGAUGGAAAGAUAACCCAGCAAUGCCCAUGGGGCUAAUAUAUGAAGGAAUCUCCAAAGAACCCUUGAAAUACUCUGGAGGGAGUGCAGCUCAGAGCUCAGUACUUCAUGCCUUUGAUGAGUUCCUGGGCAUUCAUCACAGCGAGGAAAGUGCUGACUUUCUGUACAGAAUGAGAGACUACAUGCCUCCUUCCCAUAAGGCCUUCAUAGAAGAAAUCCACUCAGCUCCUUCACUGAGGGACUUCAUCCUAUCCUCUGGCCAUGGUCACUGUCUGACAGCCUAUAACCAGUGUCUGGAGGCCCUGGCAGAACUGCGCAGUUAUCACAUCACCGUGGUGACCAGAUAUCUCGUCACAGCUGCAGCAAGAGCAAGGAGCAGGAGGCUAGACCAUCUCCCAGGGCCACCUCAGGCUUUAGAAGACAGGGGCACUGGAGGAACUGCAGUUCUGAGCUUCCUGAAGAAUGUCAGGGAUAAGACCUUAGAGGCAACCCUCCACCCAAGUGGUUAA